AUGUUGAUUAAGAACACAGGUAAGGUUAGUUCUCCCACUCGCAACGGAAAAUAUACUACGAAAGAUAUAUAUCAUUACAGAAGAAAAACAGUUUGUUACUAUCUGGUUGCCCCGAGUUACCAGCCGGUCGAGUCACGUCGUCGUUUUGACACUGACGAACUUUUCACGAAACGUUUACAGAGACACAACCACCGGGAAUCAAAUGAUCACACCAUGGCGCGUAGAACCAGCCUACAGGCCAUCUUGAAGCCACCGACAAGGCACACACACAAUAAGCCCCGUCGUAUCAGGCACAUACGGUGUAAGAUCCUCCUAGAAGGACGGAAGACGAUCAAGUGAAUGCUCCGUAAAGUGGCGGCCAUGAUGGCGCCACUUAUCGAACCUUUCAAACUUGAACGAAAUUCGCCUUACAAUACGGUAAUUGAUUUAUUCCGUUGAAUCCGAUAUUAUUCUAUAAUAUGCAACUUUUUUCUUACGCUGUUAUGUGAAUUAAAAGUUAGAUUUUACAAUAAUAUUAUAUUUUGUUUCAAAAAAAUAUUCGAGUGAAAUUAAAUUAAUACUUCGUCGCGCGGUUGUCAUGAUGGCGCCACCGAUUCAUCACGUGUACGAUGAUAAUAAUCAUCUGCUUUUGUUAACGUAUAGUUUUAAAAAUUAAUAUAAAAAAAAAUUAUUAAUUAUUUUAUAAUUGAUAUUGAUUCACCAUAUCAUGGUGUUUAUAAUUUUUCAAAGAUUAAUCAAUAUAUUUUUUUUAAUAAUUAUGACGGUAACAACGAUAUGAUAAUUCAAUCAUUGUAAGAAUUGAUCAAUUUUCAUUAAACGACUCACAUGUUUCUGAUAUAUCUUUCCAUGUAAUUAAAUUGAAAAUCAUUAAUUUAAUUAGAAACUUGUGUCUCGUUUUAAAAUAGAUUAAACUGUAAAAUAUUUGAAAAGUAUAUACCGUGCAAUAUUAUUAAACUAUUAUUAUAUUAAAAAUGUAUUAUCAUUCAUUUAAUAAUAAUUAUAUUAUCAGUAUAUUGAUUUCGAUGUAUAUAUUUUGCAAUUAAAAUUGUAUAUUAUGGUUGCCCUGAAGGAAUAUAGAUCAUUGUCAAUCUUUUUUAUUUCUUAUUUUAUUGGAGUUGAUUAAAAGAAUAUUAUAUUUCUUUCGUUUUAUAUUUAACGAUUUUCUUUCAGAGCACCCAUCCGAUCUAUAACUUUCUUAAAUAGAUUUUAUUCGAGCACUAAACAGUGAAAUCUACACUCUACAACAAAUAUUUUCAUCUGUUUUCAUUAUUAGUGUAGCCUUCGCAUAUUUUUAUUGUUAUUUAAUGACUAAAGUCAUUAGGAAUUUUAUAUGAAUAAUAUAAUAAUAAUUGUUAUUGUUUGCCAUUUUAAUGGUAUCUUUAAAAUGUUUCAUGUAGACCUAUCAGAGAGCGGAAGAUUCCAAAUUUAAGAUUCAUUAAAUUUUAAAAAAUCAUUUUUAAAUAGGAAUACUUUCGUCUUUCGUCUAGGUCUAUGCAAUUCGAUUAUUCUCGCAAAAAA